AUGGGCAGUAUUCGCCAACCGAAAGACGACUGCAAAAAGACAAGACGAGGCCGCUCACGCUCCUCCAAAGCCGCAAAAUACUCCGACCCAAAGACCUGCAACCGUCUCAGCCGGCAAACUCCUUCUCCUCAAUGGGACUCUUUCACCGCCCUCCAAAUAUCGGACAAGCAAGACGGCCCUAUCAACGCUCGCAAAACACCUAGCAAGAAGACUCCAUCCGCAGAAUUUGCCGUAUCCCAACCGUCCUAUACUCAAGACGGGCAAACAAAUAACAAUGCUCUAUACCACGCCGCACUCCAGCCCUCGAUCCCACGCGCCUCGUUCCUCUGCAGACGGUGCAACGGCCCAGUGUCGGCAUUGACGUACAUCUGCUUAGACGAAGGGUACUGCGGCGCAGACAAUACCCAUAUCUUCAACAGACAAACGAGCUACAAUGAACUAUACUUAGCCGAACUCCAGCCCUUGAUUCCACGCGCCUCGUUCCUCUGCAGUCGGUGCAACGGCCCAGUGUCGGCGUUGACGUAUGUCUGCUUGGAUGACAGGGACUGUGGCGUAGAUAAUACCCCUAUGUUCAACAGGCAAACGAGCUACGAUGAACUAUACCACGCCGUACUCCAGCCCUUGAUCCCACGUGCCUCGUCCCUCUGUAUACGGUGCAACGGCCCAGUAUCGGCGUUGACGUACAUCUGCUUAGACGACUGGUACUGCGGCGCAGACAAUACCCAUAUCCUCAAAUGGGCCCAGCUGAUUCAAGAAGCGCACUUGCAUCUCCACGACGGUAACGACAGCGACGACGACAACGACAACGAAAACGACAAGGACCUGCAGGAAUAUCGAAAGCAAGCUUGCGCUCCCGUCCUGAAAUCACUCCUGGAUGUCGCCGGCGGCAAAGCUGCAGCAGCGGGCAGGCCUAAGGGAGCGGAUGGCGGGGCGAAAACACACCGGCCACUGGCGCUGGUGAGGCUGCCACGAUAA